AUGGAAAUGCUCAAGCUUCCAUCGGUUCCCACAAGAUCGCGGGCGAUCUUGCAGUCAUCACGACCACACACACACUCGAUGUCUCGAGCGCCCCCACUCUGUCGUCAGGAACUGGACCAGUGGCCAGCACCACAAAUGGCUCUGCUCCAGCCGUACGUGAAUGGACCAGGUGGAAGCUCUUUGGCCGGCAGUUUAGCCAUUGUAAGUGCACUUGAGCGGCUCGUCGCUCUACUGCACGUAUGGUGUUGCUCCCUCAUCCAAGACCACUGA